GAUGAGGGAGGUGGCUUUUAAAUAUAAAGUAGUUGAAUUAUCUACUUCGAUUGAGUGAGGAUUGACUUUCUGGUUCAUUCGUUAUUGUCUAUCUAUCUAUUCGCCCAGCAUCCAGCAUCCAGCAUCCAGUCUCCGUUUCCAAGCAACACCACCCCAAGCAAGACCCACCAAACCACAACCAUGAAAUUCCCCAUCACCCUCCUUACCCUCAGCACUCUCCUCCCUCUCAUCUCCGCCGCCACCAGCGCCAAGUUCUCCCUCCUCUCCAAAUCCACCUACACACCCUACAACAACGUGCAUUUCGGAUCCGUGGGCUCCGUAUCCGGGACCCUCGUCGCCGGUCUCCAGCCGUUCCAGACUCUUCCCGUCGGAGGAACAAUAAACAAUGGUGUGCUCUCGUUCAUCGGGAUGGAUCCAUCGGAUGAUGCUAUCCCGGCGUAUUUUAUCCACGGCGCCGCGGGAAGCUGGGUGCAGUUAGAUGUGUGGGCGAGUCCGCAGACGGGGUAUAGUUUGGAUAAGAGUGGGAAUUUGUUGGUUAGUGGAGCGGGAGCUUUUUAUGCUUGUUUGACGAAUACGGAUUUCAGUACCGGUGUUAUUGGAGUCUUUUAUACGACGGCUGGAGCGCCAAUUCCAAGUGGUUGCUAUGUGAUUCAGUUGCAAGCUGUGUAUUGUGAAGAGGAUCUCAACAAUUGCGCGUGAGCAAGCUGGUAAGCUACCUGUGUGUAGGAUCUAAUAUGAGAUGAUAAAAUGAUAGAAUGCAGAAACGAAAUUCAUGAAUCCUUUUUGGCGGCGGUCAAUGUUUGAUACGUUUGGAUAUAGCCAAGAAAGAAUCAGCCAGUUGGUUGAAUAUAUAAGUUCCGGAGCAGAUGAAAAUAUAAAUAGAUAAUCUGAAAUAGUAGAUAUUUCAGAUUCAAUUUGCAAAUAUCACUCGAAAAUCAUAAACUGCUUUACCCUCCUCCA